UUCUUCAUGAACUCCAUCAAGGCUCUCUUGUUAGCUCCUCUUCUCAAGUUUAUUCACAAUGAUUUUCAUCAAAUCUUCUCGAAAAUGAGUCUCCUCGAUCGUUUUCUGUUUAUGAUUGUUCACUCCAUAGACAAGCUAGGAAUAUGGCACCGGCUGCCGGUAAUCUUAGGGCUGUUAUAUCUUGCCAUUCGUCGGCACCUUCACCAGCAGUACAACUUGUUAAACGUCGGCAGAACUCCGGUUGGUGUCCGUUUCAACCCUGCUGAUUUUCCAUACAGGACGGCUGACGGAAAGUUCAACGAUCCCUUCAACGAUGGCGUGGGAAGCCAAGACAGCUUUUUCGGGCGAAAUAUUCUUCCGGUUGAUCAGAAAAGCAAGCUAUUGAAGCCAGAUCCCAUGGUGGUGGCCACGAAAUUGCUGGCUCGGAAGAAGCUGAUAGACACGGGAAAACAGUUCAACGUAAUCGCGGCCUCUUGGAUACAAUUUAUGAUCCACGAUUGGAUCGACCAUUUGGAGGAUACGAAACAGAUUGAGUUGAAAGCGCCAAGGGAAGUUGCCAAUCAGUGUCCGCUUCAAUCGUUUAGAUUCUUCAGUUCCAAGGAAAUCCCCACCGACUUUUAUGAUAUCAAAACUGGUUUCUUAAACAUCCGAACUCCUUGGUGGGAUGCAAGUUCCAUAUAUGGGAGCAACGUCACGAGGUUGCACAAGGUAAGAACAUUUAAGGAUGGGAAGUUGAAGAUUGGAAAAGACGGUCUCCUCCUUCGUGAUGAGGAUGGGAUCGCUAUCUCCGGUGAUGUUCGUAAUGGUUGGGCUGGUAUAUCUUCCUUGCAAGCCCUGUUCGUCUUGGAGCACAACUUAGUUUGCGAUUCACUCAAGAAGGAAUACUCGGAUCUUAGUGACGAAGAUUUAUAUCGUCACUCCAGAUUGGUAACGUCUGCUGUAAUAGCUAAGAUUCAUACUAUUGAUUGGACAAUUGAACUUCUCAAAACAGACACGUUAUUAGCAGGGAUGCGAGCAAACUGGUACGGAUUAUUGGGAAAGAAGUUCAAGGAUACCUUUGGGCAUGUUGGAGGUACCAGCUUGGGUGGAAUAGUGGGGUUGAAGAAGCCAAACAACCAUGGCGUGCCUUAUUCUUUGACCGAAGAAUUCACCAGCGUUUAUCGAAUGCAUUCGCUAUUACCGGAUGAUCUUUUCCUCAGGGACACUAACACUGCCCAACUCGGAACUAAUAAAUCUCCUCCACUAAUUAAGAAGGUUCCAAUGAUCAACUUAGUUGGCCUUGAAGGAGGGAAGUCUUUAUCAGAAAUAGGAUUCACGAAACAAAUGGUUUCGAUGGGUCACCAGGCUUGUGGGGCUCUUGAGCUCUGGAAUUAUCCCAUGUGGCUCAGGAACAUCAUACCCCAGGAUGUGGACGGCAAAGAUCGACCUGAUCACGUUGAUCUGGCUGCUCUCGAAAUUUAUAGGGACAGAGAAAGAAGCGUGGCAAAAUAUAAUGAAUUCCGUAGGUCUCUUCUGCUCAUUCCCAUCUCCAAUUGGAAGGAUCUGACGAACGACGAAGAAGCAAUCAAGACACUGCAUGAAGUGUACGGCAACGACGUGGAGGAGUUGGAUCUAUUGGUGGGCUUGAUGGCAGAAAAGAAAAUCAAAGGCUUUGCCAUUAGUGAGACGGCCUUUACCAUCUUUCUCCUCAUGGCAUCCAGGAGGCUAGAGUCGGACAGAUUUUUCACAAGCGAUUACAACGAGGAAACGUACACGAAGAAGGGAUUGGAGUGGGUGAAUACGACGGAAAGCCUUAAAGAUGUGUUGGACAGGCACUAUCCUGAAAUGACCACAAAAUGGAUGAACUCGACUAGUGCUUUCAGUGUUUGGGAUGCUGCUCCUGAAUCUCACAACCCAAUCCCACUCUAUUUUAGGAUUCCUUCCUAAUUAAUUAAUCUUUAUUAUGAAUAAAUUGUGGAGAUUAAUAUUUGUAUUUAUGUAUUA